AUCUUCAAAAACGAUUUGCAUGUUUCUUCUAUUUCUAAUCUACGUACUUCUAUUAAUCGAUGCCGGUAUGUUUUAUCUUUUCCAACGAACUGCAUCUGGUCAAUUUGCUCCAAACCAAGAGGAGCACUAUCCCGAAUUUUUGCCUUCUAGUCGAUCUUCUUCAGUGCAAGUUGAAGAUUCUAUUAUGGAAUCUAUUCCAGAUGCUCCUCCAUCUUACCAAGAGGCUGUGGCAGAAAUGCCUACGGACUCAUUUAUGAUAGCAACUUCAGAUAUUUAA